CAGUUCGUGUGGCGGCACGUCCAGACUCGCCUGCCACACCACACCACACCAGGUUGAGCUGCUAUCUCUCUCCGACGCCAUGGAGACCCUCGCCGCGACGCCUCGGCCGCUCUUCCCGGGCGCGUCCCCGGCGGCAUUGAUGGCAACGGCGGCGAGACGGACGACGCCACCGGCCCGGCGUCGCUGCGCCGGCGCCGCUCCUGUCAGAGCCGCCUCCGCUGCGGCCGCCGGGGAGGAGAAGCCGGCUGCGGCUCCGAAGGCAGCCGCCGCGGCCGGGGAUGGCGCGGCGCCCAAGAAGCUCCUGAAGAAGAAGCCAGUCUACUCGAUGAAGAAAGGGCAGAUUGUGCGCGUGGACAAGGAGAAGUACCUGAACAGCAUCAACUACCUGUCAGUGGGACAUCCACCCUUCUACAAAGGCCUGGACUACAUCUACGAAGACCGCGGCGAGGUCUUGGACAUCAAAAUCUUUGAAACCGGAGAAUACGCCCUGAUCGCGUGGGUGGGGAUUCCGACACCACCGGCAUGGCUGCCAACUUACAUGCUCAUCAAGUCGGACAAGCUGGACUACGAGAGGAUAUGAUGGCCGCGGCCGGCCUCGCAAGGACCUUUUUCAGUUAACAGUUCUCAGUUCAUCCGGCGGAGCACGCGCCAUCGCCAUGCCACAUGUUCAGUCUGUUGUACUAGAUGCAAAAUGCCAACACAGUCAAGAGGCAAUCUGCCGUUACACCACCUGAGCUGAAUAAUAAGGAAGAAAGGCCAAAGUGACGACAAGAUUCAAAUUUAUUUGCUGUACUGCACUUGUUAUUAUACAAAAAAAACUCAUAUUUUGUGUUGAGACCAGGAUUCGAACA